AAGAAAAUUCAUCUAUGACUACACCAUCCAAGAGUAUUCAGUCAACUGCAGCAGAAGAAAAUUCAUCUAUGACUACACCAUCCAAGAGUAUUCAGUCAACUGCAGUUUCCAGUGAUUCAACCAUUACUAUAAACAGUAGUGCAAAUGUCUCAGUUUCCAGUGAUUCAACCGUUACUAUAAGCAGUAGUACAAAUCUCUCAGCAGAAGAAAAUUCAUCUAUGACUACACCAUCCAAGAGUAUUCAGUCAACUGCAGCAGAAGAAACUUCACCUAUGACUUCACCAUCCAAGAGCAUUCAGUCAACUGCAGCAGAAGAAAAUUCAUCUAUGACUACACCAUCCAAGAGUAUUCAGUCAACUGCAGCAGGGAAAACUGAAUCACUGCCAGGGAGUUCUGUGACGGCAGCAUCAGACUCCACUUUGAUGACGGCUGGCUCACACUGGACAUCACCAUUAACACCAAGUCCUGGCAGUCCUGGUAGCAAUGACAAACAAGCGGAUAAUGACCAGUAUUCCAAUAUUAUUUUGCCAGUUGUGAUUGCCUUGAUAGUAAUAACCCUUUCUGUGUUCAUUCUGGUGGCUUUGUACAGAAUGUGCCAGAGGAAAACCACAGAGAGACAAGAGACUGGGACUGAACAAGCCACAACAGAUAAAGAGGGUGUCAAACUUCUUUCUGUAAAGACAGCUUCUCCUGAGACGGAUGUGAAGCUGCCUCUUUUGCCACAUUAUAAAGGAACUGCCCUCUGAAGUUAUAGUUCCACAGGGGACAUGUGGAUCAGCUGCAGCUUCCUAUAGACAGGCAGAACAUUUGUGUUAAUUGUUCUAUGAUUAGCUCUUAAUUUCCAUACUUUAAAUGCCUUGUGUCUUCUGCUGGAAAGACUCUCUUGUGUUUUCUUAACGGCUACAUAACUGGUGUACUGUACAUAUUUAUUAUUUCUACACAUAUUAAAGCAGAGAAACUUUCAGAAAUGAUACAAAUAUUGUAAAAAUCUGGUGGUGUGUGACUAAUAAUGAUGUCUGUCUUGUAUAUAGAAAUGUUUUCUUCCCAUACAGGAAGUAAUAUGUUAAUAUAUUUUCUUAUAUGCUCAAUAAAUAGUCUUCUGAAA